AAAAGAAGAAGAAUAUGAACAGCUAGUUCAAUCUGUCCUUCAAGCAGUUUAACUCCUUUCUGCUGAACUAAAUCAUCAAAUAUAUAUAAAAGUAAUACUGUUAACAUAAAGCAAUGCUCUGUUUAUUCCCUAGUGUACACUUCCCAAAAACAUCCCAACUGUAGUGCAAAUACUUUGCCAUUAAUCUGCUUUUGGCAAUUUUUUUUUGACAUUAAUUUCUUAAUUUUUCCUUAACUAAAUCCUCCUCUCAUGUAUUUUGUUAAAAAUGUAAUUAUUAGAAUGUAAGAUUGUAAUGUAAAGAUUAGAAUCAAUUUCAUCAUCUCCAUUUGCAAUCUGUGAAAACGAUGUAUGAAUUUUCACCCAGAUAUGUUUAUCUUCAUAGAUUUAAUUCCUCAGUAUGUCUGAAGAAGACGUCAGCAGCAAGUCUGAGGCCUUGAAACUUAAAAAAAAACCAAAACUGUACAAACACCCCUUGUUAAAGCUGAGGUCAUCUAUUACACCUGUUAAAAAAACACGUUGAUCACAAUUUACACACUUUGAUAAUACUCAAGAUUAAGUAGUGUGUUGUCUGUUGUAUUUGUGGUAUUGUGAACAACUAAACCUGGGUUUGCACACAUCAUGUAGUGAGCUGACUGGCAUGUGACAAAGUAUGUGACAGUCAAUUAGAGACCUUAUUGAAAAAGAAUUACUGGAAAUUCACAGUAAGGAGCUGCUUUCAUGUUAGUCCUUAUUGCCCACACACAGCAUACAGAAUAUCCCUUUGUGCCUUACAAGUUGUGCCCUUGUCCACAGUGGAAGCUGAUCCAUUCCAGCCCCACAGUAUUUGGAAUGCAAUCCCCAUCUUCCAGGCAUGAUAUACUGAUUUAUUAACUGGAAUUCUGAAUGAAUGGCUGGUUUUAUUCCUUUGGGAAUCAAAGAAAGAUCUGACUGACUCUACAGGCAGCCAGAAAGCCGUUCUACAUUUCUGUCCUCUGAUUGGUUCCCUUGCCUCAACCAGCUGUAUCCUCCUCUUCCUCCUCAUGGUAAUUCUCUUCCUCAUUAUUGUCCAUGCCAUUUCUGUGAUCUCCCUCCUCUCUUGGUCCUUCCUGGUGUUUUACUUCAUCCAACUUCCUGCCAUACAAACUACUUUCACUCUUUUUAAAUUCCAUACAGUGAAUGUAUAAAUCUCAUUCAUUUAGUAAAAACUGGGAAAUCUGGAGGGAAAAUGUGUAAACUGUCCAUAUAAGGGAAGCUGUGAUCACAUCUUCUUUCUGCACCGUCUCUCAUGUUUCACGACUUGGACACCACUGAUUAUUUAUUUACGCUCUGCAUUCAACAAGUGACUGACUCCUGUGCUUCAGUGUAAGAAUAUAAUGGAAAAGUACAGGAGCUGAACAUGAAGCUGUCCAACACUAGAAGCUGCUAGACUCCAUGCUUCACGUUACCUUUUGGCACUUUAUAGGCCAUCGAGUCACACACCCUGUGAGAAUUUGACUUCACGUGUGUGUGUUUCUUAGGCUUGUAGACGGAUAGACCACACCCCGCAGGGAGAACAGACGGAGUAAACAAGUGCUGCGUCACUUCACCUGCUGCAUCCACAGCGCUGACAUCCCACUAAUGAUCUCAACAGCGUCCAGCACAGCAGAGAUGAUUACGCAGGGAAAACUUCACAUCAAUGAGGAAAACGUUGAAGACAAAGAAUCAGGGAGAAUGCAAUGUUGUGGUUGGCUGUUGGUUACUGUAUCCUUCAUCUUAGCAGUACUAACCUGCCCACUCACAAUAUUUCUGUGUGUUAAGAUAGUGAAGGAGUAUGAGCGAGCUGUCAUUUUCAGACUCGGCCAGAUUGCAGACAGGAAGCCUAAAGGGCCAGGCCUUUUUAUGAUUUUGCCCUGCACCGACACCUUCGUGAAAGUUGAUCUGAGAACUGUAUCCUUUGACAUCCCUCCACAAGAGAUCCUAACCAAGGACUCUGUGACAGUGUCUGUGGAUGGUGUGGUGUAUUUCCGCAUAUACUGCCCAAUCUCGGCCGUGACCAAAGUGUCCAACGCACACUCAUCUACACGACUUCUCGCUCAAACCACUCUGAGGAAUGUGCUCGGUACCAAAAACCUGGCAGAACUUCUGUCUGACAGAGAGGGUAUUUCAAUCAGCAUGCAGGAAUCCUUGGAUGAAGCCACUGAUCAGUGGGGCAUCAAGGUGGAGCGUGUGGAGAUCAAGGAUGUGAAGCUGCCUCAGCAGCUGCAGCGAGCCAUGGCAGCCGAGGCCGAGGCCAGCCGGGAGGCCAGGGCCAAGAUCAUUGCUGCAGAGGGAGAGAUGAAGGCCUCCAGGGCUCUUAAAGAAGCUUCUGUUGUGAUGGCUGAGGCACCUUCUGCUCUCCAGCUGCGAUACCUGCAGACUCUCAACUCCAUUGCAGCAGAGAAGAACUCCACCAUCAUCUUCCCUUUGCCUAUAGACAUGCUGCAGUCUUUUAUGCAGAGAAAGUGAGGAAUCUUGUCGAUGGCAAGUUUCAAACAAGCUAAAUGAAUUCUGUAGAUGCAGUCUUUAAGUCCUUGUGUGU